GUAAGGCAGUGAGUGUCUUCUACCAACUGUGCCAUGCUGGACCCACCUGGAACAUUCCUUACCCAUGAAGAAUAUGUGCCAGCACUUGUGUUUUUCAUUCACAGCUGCAGUAACCCUAAAUUCCUCAAAUCCCCCGAGUGCAAGGCCAUGGCUCAGAAAAGCCCUGUGGACACCACCAUUAAUCUCCCCUACAAGGACUUGACCUCCGAGGUGACCAGGCGCAGAGUCAUGAUGACCACCAGAAAAGAGAUAAUCACCCAGAAAAGUGAUGAAGUUAAGAUGCUCUCCCACUUGGAUUGGGAACGAGCCCCUCCCCCUCACAGGACCCACCUCAGAGUACCUCCUGCCCCACCUCCCUCUCCAGCUGAGGACCCCACGGACUCCUAAGAUAAAAACUUUAAGUUGUUUUGAAAUGAAUUCUUACACAAAACUCCAGAAAAUAGUUUCAGUGGUGUUCUUGAGGUUCGUCUAGAAGACUCUUGAAGAUCUUUGUUCUUUCCUAUUUUUCUUCAUCACCUAGAAUUACCAUAGAGCGUGGUUUACCCUUGUGAAUAUACUUAGUCAUUUUCGAUUUUUCAAGCCAAGUCUCUGAUACAAUAU